AUGGAUGAAGACGCCGUUUCUAUCUCAUCAACUUCAACUUUAAGGCUCCGGUGGGAUGUGUUCCUGAGCUUCAAAGGCGAAGACACCCGCCACACCUUCACUAACACUCUCUACAAGUUGCUCGAGGAAAGCGGCGCUCGAGUCUUCGAGGGGUUGCGCGGCGGUGACGAGAUCAAGCCGGGUCUUUUCGAGGCCAUCGAGGACUUAGCUGCUUCCAUUGCCAUCAUAUCCCCAAACUACGCAUCGUCGCACUGGUGCCUGGAGGAACUUUCCAAGAUAUGUGAGUACCGGAGGCUCCUUCUUCCCGUCUUCUAUCGAGUCAACCCGCCGGACGUUCGACAACAGAAGGGACCUUUCGAAGAACACUUUAGAAACCAUGAAAAGACGUAUGAGGAGGACAAGGUUAGGUGCUGGAGGAGAGCUAUGGAAAAAGCUGGUGCAACUGUUGGCUGGCCUUUCGAUAAGAGGUGGAGGGAUAUCAAUGGACCACCAAGGACGCAAGUGGGGAGAUGGAAAUCGGAAAACCAUGUUGCAUUAAUGACACCACUACCCGAGCUACAAGCCACAUUUAUGAUAUCGUUGCAGAGCCAUGCCACAUUAAAGGACUCUGACAAAGGGAAAAGUACGAAGCACACGUACUCCACGAUUUGUCUCCCUAGAUUUAUGAUCUUACGUGUAUUUUACAUGCCUGUGACAACUCAUUCCGGACAGUUCAGAAGAGUCACGGAGGAAGCGAUGGAAGAAAGACUGAAAAAAAUGGAUGAUUGGGUGAUUAAGCUGAUCGACGAGGUGUAA